AUGAUGACGAGUAUGGGACCGUCGUUUGCAGGUCAUCCUGCCGGCAUGCAACAACACCCAGGCGUCCCAGGCCAUCCUAUGGCCCAGGGCAUGCCUCACAAUCCAAAUCAGCAGGGCCCGCCUGGAGGAAUGCCUCACCAGAUGCACAUGGCGGUGUCAGGGCCUGGUGGUCAGGUUAAUCCAAACCAGUUGAUGGGCGGCAUGCCGCCGGGUGCUGGUGGUCCGAACGCUCACGCUUUACAGCACCUCAACCCCCAAAACCCAAUGUUCCAGCAGAACCAGUUCAACGGCUUCAACAACCCGGCCGCGAUGGCGCAGGCCACCCAGAUGGCGCAGCAGAGAUUGUUUCAACAGCAACAACAAGCGAGGCAAGCGCUCAUGGCUCAACAAGCCUUCACCGGAAUGGGUGUCAAUGGUAUGCCUAUGGGGAUGCAAAUGAACCCUAUGAACGCAGCCCAGAUCGCAGCAAUGAGGCAGGGCAUGCGACCCCAAGGGCAUAAUCCCCAGGCCCAAGCAAUGUUGGCACAGCAGAUUGCUCUCCAGCAGCAGGCUGUCGCACAGCAGAACCAGCAAAUGCAACAUGGCCAGCAGCCUGGCCAGCCCGUCCAGAUGAACCCCCAGCACAUGCAGUCUCUGCAGCAAGCGCAAAUUGCUUCAAUGCAACAACAGCAGCAGCAACAGCAGCAGCAGCAGCAGGCCCAGCAGCAAGCUCAGGCUCAGCAGCAGCAGGCGCAGCAACAACAACAGCAGCAGCAGCAGCAACAACAACAACAGCAACAGCAGCAGCAAGCCCAACAGCAACAGCAGCAACAGGGCCAGCAACCUCAAGGUCAACCGCAGCCACCCCAGCCACAACCUCAGCAGACUCCUCAGCAGACGCCGCAACAGCAGCCUGCGCAGCCCGCCAACCCGCAAUCUGCUGGUCAACCCACGCCUUCGCAGACGCCCGGCCCCGCUCCGAACCAGCAGCCGCAGCCUCCCCAGGCUCAAGCCCAGCAGCAAGGCCCUCCUCAAAUGCCGCCACAGGCUGGGCAGCAACAGGUGAAUCCACAGCAGGCUGCCGCAGCUCAGGCGGCCAUGGCGAACAGCAUGGCCUUGGCCCAGCAACAGGCUCAGCAAAGGAGGGUAGAAAUGAAGGGUCACUGCCUGCUCAAGCUUAUGCAGUUCAGCGAGCAUCUAAGCGGCUACCCUGGGUCCAAGGGCAAGGACGACCUGUCCUACUGGAAUGCCUUCGUGAACCAGUUCUUCUCACCCAAGGGCGUCUUCCGACACUCUGUCCAUAUUACCGACGUCGAAGACCAAGCGGACAAGCAAUACGAGAUCACCUUCCCUGCGUUGCCACGCUACUUCCACACACACUUUGACAGCGGUGUCAAGAACAUGCAAUUGAUCAUGGAGAAGGGUACCACAGAUAGGCCACUCCCUGGCGAUGGUCACUGGAUUGAAAACACCAAGUCGAGCCUGGUAUACUGGUUCGAGAGCGGCUCUCACCUCGUCGCCACUGGUACCCUCAGAGCUCACUUCGACGCAGAACAGAAGAUUGAACUCUUUGAGUUCUUGACAAGUAGUCACGAAGAGUUCAUUUCCCGGAAGGCCGCCAUCGAAGCUGCGAAGCCCGUACACAACUGGGUCAAGGAAUGGCACAAGGUCAAUUCCCAGGACAGCAAAGCCUCCCCAGAGAUGAGCAAGAAGGGCAAGGCCCGUCUGAUGAAGUCCCCGCAAAAUCCUCCGCCAGAAGCUCUGGUGGAUCUGCCUGAAUCAGCAGUCAAGAGGGGUAUGGGCGUCACGGAAGCCGUGUUCCAAUUCCUCGAGAUUGCUGAAGUCAUCGGCCAAAUGAACCCCCUAUUUACCUUUUACCAAUCCCACCACAACCUUGGCCCGUACGCCGCCCUAGAGCAAUAUGUCAGCCAGAUCAAUGCCGCGCCGCAAAACAUGAAUGGCCAGGUCAUGCCCCAAGGCCCGCGGACACCUAGCUUCGGUCAGUUCCCGAUGGGCGCCAGCCCAGCCCAGCCGCACAUGCAGCUUCCUGGCUCGCCUCACGUCACCGGCAGCCCUGCUCCAGGCCAUAUGCAGGCACCCGGUAUGCAGAUGCAGCAGAGCCAGCAGGGUACCAGCUCAAGCGGACCCAGUGCCAACACGUCUCCAGCUUCCAACAAGCGAAGACGUCCCUCUGGCGUCAAGAUGGAGGAUGACGGCUCGUCGGCCCCUACGCCAGGCGGUCCUCAAGUAAACGGAGUUCAGAACAAGGGCAAGCCACCCACGCCGCGGAUGCAGAAGAGGCUGAAGGGUAACCCGGCGUAA